AUGUUUUUCUCUAAUAUCUAUCUAUUCAUCUAUCUAUCUAUCUAUCUAUCUAUCUAUCUAUCUAUCUAUCUAUCUAUCAAUCUAUCAAAUUCCUUUCUUACACUGUUAUUGUAUAUGACUAGCAUACUACUUUUUAUUAUUUUUCGCUCCGAUCUUUUCUUUCUUUCUUUCUUUCUUUUUUCUUUCUUUCUUUCUUUCUUUCCGUCUAUCUAUCUAUCUAUCUAUCUAUCUAUCUAUCUAUCUAUCUAUCUAUCUAUCACAGUCUGUUCAUAUCUAUCUAUCUAUCGAUCGAUCGAUCUCAUUCUGUUCCUAUCUAUCUAUCUAUCUAUCUAUCUAUCUAUCUAUCUAUCUAUCUAUCUAUCUAUCUCAUUCUGUUCCUAUUUGUCAGUCUACCUUUCUAUCUAUCUAUCUAUCUAUCUAUCUAUCUAUCUAUCUAACUAUCGCAUUCUGUUCCUAUCUAUCUAUCUAUCAAUUUCGGCAACUCUAUCUAUCUAUCUAUCUAUCUAUCUAUCUAUCUAUCUAUUCAAAUUUAAGUCUUUUUCAAGUAUAUCUAUGUAUGUAUGUAUAUAUAUGUUCAAAUUUAUGUCUGUUCAAAGCCAAUCUAUCAUAGUCUGUUCAUAUCUAUCUAUCUAUCUAUCUAUCUUCUAG